CAGCGGUGGGAAAGGAGAUGUACAUUCUUCCUUCCCACCAUGGCGGCUCUGAUCCUGCUCGUGGGCCUCGCCGCUUCCACUGCGGCGGACACCCUCGCCAGCUACUCUCCUCCCUCCAACUCGUAUGGCGGCGGCGGCGGCGGUGGCGGUGGCGGCGGCGGCGGCAGCCACUUCGGCUCUGGACUGAUUUCCGGCGGCAGCAAUUUCGUCUUGAGCGGCGACAGUCAUGAAAUCGGCGGCGGCUUCGGCGGCGGCUACAGCGGCGGCGGCGGCGGCGGCGGCCAUGGCGGUGGCGGUGGCGGCUUCAUCAUAGGCGGCGACAGCCACGAAUUCGGCGGCGGCGGCAGCUUUGGUGGUGGCAGCUUUGGCGGCGGCAGCUUUGGCGGCGGCAGCUUUGGCGGCGGUGGCUUCAUUGGCGGCGGCGGCGGCGGCGGAAUUUCUUGUGGUGGCGGACAAGUUCGGCACUCCGACGGGCGGUGCGUAUCACCCCAGGUGACCAGGAACGUGUACGUGUUCUCCGCCCCUGCGCUGCCCCCCAGCGUGGGUCCGCGCCCCAUUGUGCCUCCUCCGCGCGUUGUUGAGAACGUGGUGUUCAUCCGUGCUCCUGAAGGAGGCGUGGGCAGCAAGCCCAUCGUGGUGCCGCCGCCCAUCCACAAGAACGUGGUGUACGUGCUCAACAAGAGGCAGCAGGUUGGCCAGCAGCUGGUCCACGUGCCCGCGGCGCCGCAGGAGCAGCCUGACGUGUACUUCGUGCACUACAACGACGGCGACAACCCAUCCCUGCCCACCGGAGGAGACCUGCAGUCCGCCCUCAGCCAGGCCUCGCACGGUAGCGGCGAGCUGAUCGGCCACGGUGGCGGCGGCAUUAUUGGCGGCGGUGGUGGCGGCAUCAUUAGCGGCGGCGGCGGCGGUGGUUAUGGCAGCGGUGGUGGUGGCGGCGGCUCCAUUAUCGGAGGUGGCGGCUCCAUUAUUGGAGGCGGCAGCAUCAUUGGCGGCGGCGGCGGUGGCGGCUAUGGCGGCGGUGGUCAUGACAGCCAUGAGAGCCAUUAUUAGGUCAGCCCACACUCCUGAAGGGCUCCACUUGUAGUCAGCAGCAUGCCACGCCCUCCCCACGCGCCGAGGCAUGCACGCCAUCUAUCCUGUUAAGACAAAACCUGACCUGUCAUUGUAUUUCAUCUUGUUUACCUUUAUCUGCAACAUGCAUUUGAUUCCUUCGUGCCAAUAAAGGUCUUCCAUACA